GCCAAGUGAUUUGUGAACUCAUCCACAGCAGGAAGGGCAGUUUUGUGCCUCUCCGUCGGCACGUGCUCUGUGUUCAUGUGGAAACACGCACUUUUUCUGACAUUGCUUUAUCUGAAAUGUCAGUUUAGUUUAACAGCUUCUGGAGCGUGUGCCGUAUAGGAACAGAGCAGGAGUGGUCUCUGGCCUUUUUCAGAGACCGGUUCUAUGCACAUCACCGAAACCAUUCCUGUACAUAGGCUGCGCUCCUUCUAGCAGUUCCUGAACACGGAACCACAUGUGCCACCAGAUGAUGUUCAUCACAUUACGUUCUGAAACAGCACAAGUAAACCCCCUUGCAACUGAUUCAUCCACAUUAGGAUAAUAUUUCUCGAGUGCUGCUUUGACUUAACUGUGCGGGAGUGGGUGUCACAGACAUAGUUGCCUGGAGAUAACCAUUCAGAAAUGUGGAUGAGUACAUUUGCACGCUUCGCCCUGCCUGCUCUGCAGAGGAGCACCUCUGCCAUGGCCUGCCAGGCUGUGAGGGCUUGUCGUAGACCAGGGCAGGCUACGUGUCCGCUACCCUCUUGUCUGACUUCAAUGCAGCUUCGUGGCCAGCAGACACUGGGUUCUGCCUCCCUCCCUGUGGCUCGCCAGACAGUGAGGCACGUCCGGGCUCUGGAUGAGGAGCGGGUGAUGGAGGUGGAGUGGGAGGACGGAGGCCACAGUCUGUACCCGUUCACCUGGCUGAGAGACAACUGCCAGUGUCCGCUGUGUACCCUGCAGUCAGCUCAGGCCCGGAAACUGUUGAUGUCUGACCUUGAUAUCCACAUAGGAGUCAACGUUGUGGAGGUCACUAAUGACAAUAAGGUGUCCAUUGUGUGGCCCGACCAGCACACCAGUGUGUUUGACGCAGAGUGGCUAAAGAAACGCUGUUUCUCUCCUGCUGCCAGAAAAGCAAUGCAAGAAGAGCUCUUUCUUAAUGAGCGUUAUUAUUGGGACUCCAAACUGCACAUUCCCACAGCAGACUACCAGGAAGUCCUCCAUGAUGAUAGGGCGGCGCUGGCCUGGCUCCUGGCCCUGCGUCGCGUUGGCAUCGUCUACCUGAGGGGGGCUCCAGCUGAGCAGGGCCAAGUGGCCAGGCUUGCCGAGAGGAUCGGCUAUCUCAGGCUGACGUUCUACGGGCACACAUGGCAGGUCCAGGACAAAUACAUGGCAAACAAUGUCGCCUACACUUCGGGAAAGCUUAGUCACCAUACGGACUACCCUGCGUUGCACUUCGCACCUGGAGUGCAGUUUCUGCACUGCAUCAACCAGGCUGUGGUAGGAGGCGAGAGCGAGGUGGUGGAUGGCUUCCACAUGGCUGAGCAGCUGCGGAGAGAAGACCCAGAGGCCUUCCGGACGCUCACCUCGCUCCACGUGGACUUCACCGACACGGGGACGGACUACUGCGACUUCAUGCUGCAGUCCAAGAAACGCAUCAUUGACGUUGACGCGGAGGGCCGAGUUGCGAGGAUAAACUACAACAACGCCACCAGGGACUCGGUGCUGGACCUCCCCUUACAUCAGGUGCAGCCCUUCUACAGAGCAGUGAAGGCCUUCAUAGAUGUCAUGAACCGACCAGAGAACGUGGUCACCUACAGAAUGGAGCCAGGCGACGUAGUGACCUUUGAUAACUGGCGCCUGCUGCACGGACGGAGGAGCUACGUUAGCAGGCCAGACAGGCUGCGACACCUGGAGGGCGCCUACCUGGACUGGGAUGAAGUCAUGUCUCGCCUCCGGAUACUCCGCGGCUCCGUCCACAAGGACGUAUGAGCUGAGGAAACGGAGGAGAAAUUGAAAACGGUAGCUUUCCAGCUUUUGCAGAAAAUCACCAGUCAAACAAUGAGAAUCAAACAAUCAGUCAGGCGGCUAAAAACCCUAGGAGUUAAACUAAAUGUUGCUUUUACAAAACGUUGAGUUGCCAGGUGGAAAAGUGCAAAGACGCUGAAAUAUCUGACAACAGGUCGAGAGCUACAUCUCCAACUCGACCCCAUGACUUAAGACAAUUGGAUGAUUUACACAACAACUUAGAGUUAGGACGCUUUCCUUUAAAUGACGACGACAACAGCUUUUCAAACACGUAACAGCGCAACACUGCAAUGCAAAAAUAGAGAAAGACAACACCUGUUCAAAUUUAGAGGUGCUUUUGGACAGCAACAAAAAAGUUUUCCUUGAGCUAAAAUUUUACUGCAUGGGUUUUAUACAUUGUCCUGGGUUUCUACAUUAUGAUUGUGAUGCUGAGUAAUUUAUACGUUUUCUAGGCUAAAUCCACAGUCCUGGUUGACAUUUACUGUCCGCCAUUUUCUCUGAUGUCAAAUUUCAAUUUAUUGCACGCUAUGUAGAAUAUAGUAAACUGCUCAGCGUCGAUGGCUUUCUAUUGGAUUAGUGAACAGGGGAGCGAUUUCAGACACAGCCCCUACGUGAGUUGUGUCACGAAGCUUACAUCUUCUUACCGCCCGCUAGAGCAUCUCGCUACCUCGACUGUUCAAUCCUGUGCCUACGCAAAGGACGCGAUGUCCUCGACUUUCCCUUCAUUCUGCCGAGUUGCAGUCUCAAUUCAAAAGUUGCCUUAAACUGCAGCGGAGCAGCUGUUGCUAGAAGUGGCAGCGUUAAGCAACUGCAACAGUAAAUUUAAAAAAGGGUCAAUUCAACCUGCCCAAAUCACAAAGAUUUGGUUUUAUCUGGCCGAGCUUUAGAGAUACAGUGUCCCCAGAAAUGAACUAAAACCACGUAUUUCCAAAUUCGGUGAUUUUUAAAUUUCUUUUUAGAUGAAGGAUUAGGUAUUCUGUUAAGAAAAUUAUUCCACUUCUUAAACUAAAUAAAUCAUGUAAAAACCACACAGGAUUAUCUGAGAAAUGUAUUAUUGCUGAGCUGUUUAUCUUAGCUAAUUAAAACUUGACAUACUGGUGAUGGUUUUCGGAUUACAGCGGCAGUACGCUUCUGAAACCCCCGCUAGUGCAUGAAUAUGAUUGGGGUGGAUAGAUUUGUGUCUGUGGUGCGCGAAGGAAUGAAAAAAUCUCACACCGGAAAAAACUCAACAGCGAGAGAAGAAGCAGUCCCUGUGAAAACUGUUGACAGCGAGCUCUGUGGAUUAUGCAGAGAAACAGUAACUCUUUCUACAAAGACACAGUGCUGUUGUGCCCCUUCUCAGUGUUUUGUGCAGCAUACAUGAAACUUCUUCAAGCUCCACCGUCCUGGGGCGUGGGCGGAUGUUUCAGAGAAAAGGUAGGUCGGGCAACCAUGACUCAAAAGUACCUGCAUGGCGACAAAUUCAAACACCCACAAACUGUUUCUAAUUAUGUCCCGGCACAGUGUCCUGGCGUUUUAAACACGGCCAGUUUGUGGUGGAUUCAUUCUCUAGCUGCUAGAGAUUGACGCGUCCUGCGUGCUCAGCGCUCUCAUGAUAAAAAGACUCUGGUAGGGGUGCACCGAAAAAGAGAGAGCUCAAAAUGCACUUGAUUAGAUGCAUUUUGAUGUAAACCAAGGAAAAUGUCAAAGACAAUAUGGGUGUACUCUCCCCAGCAAAGAACAGCCAGGUAGAGUCUGAUCAGGCUUCCAGAGUCAUGCUUACGAGUGAUGGCUUUGAUUGAUGGUUCAUCCUUUGCUUUGGUGAACUUUGUAUUUUGCACGUUUAAAUAAUGUGUCUUUGUACCUUUUUCCAGUCUUAUUACUUUGUCAAACAUGCAUUUGUAAAAUUCGUAUGGCUUCACUCAGCUGUUGCACCCCUUGAUAAACUAAACCUGUAAUGCGUAAAGAAAUUUUUGUCUGUUUUUUUCCACAUAAAAAGGACAAUGAACUCCACCGAGCUUCAUUUGGGACAACUUUAUUAUAUUGCCAAAGCUGUACAUAUUCUAUAAAUACUUUUUCAAAUACUGGAA